GUGCGUAGAGGGCAAACCAAGUCACUAUAAAGAGCGCCUUCUUCUCCUCACAAUAAUAACCUCCUAUACUCACCAUAGAAUCUUCUUUUUUCUCCGGCCGCGGCGACUCGAUUAUAUUCCGAGCAAUGGCUGCGAUGGUUCUUUCCAACGGAACCCGAUAUGCCACCCUCCCCCAUAGUUAUGUCCAUCCCCUAUCACAAAGGCCACAGCUGUCAGCAGCUGCCACUUGCGACGAUAUUCCGGUUAUCGAUUUGGGCUGCGAAGACAGAAACCUCAUCGUUCGACAAAUCAGAGAUGCCUGCCGCCUUUAUGGUUUUUUUCAGAUAAUAAACCAUGGGGUUCCAAAAAGAGUGGUGGAGGAAAUGUUAGAGGUAUCACAUGAGUUCUUCAAUUUGUCGGUGGAGGAGAAGAUGAAGCUCUACUCUGAUGAUCCAUCGAGGACCAUGAGGCUUUCCACCAGCUUCAACAUCACAAAAGAGACUGUCCACAACUGGAGGGAUUAUCUCAGACUUCAUUGUUACCCCCUUGAGAAAUAUGCCCCUGAAUGGCCUUCAAAUCCUUCUUCUUUCAAGGAAGUGGUGAAGACCUAUGUAACCAUGGUUCGUGAAGUUGGGUUUAGAAUAGAGGAAGCCGUAUCUGAGAGCCUAGGCCUCGACCCAAAAUGCAUCAAGAACAUGUUGGGUGAGCAGGGUCAACACAUGGCGGUCAACUACUACCCGCCAUGCCCCCAACCCGAACUCACCUAUGGGUUACCGGCUCACACCGACCCGAAUACCCUGACCAUUCUUCUUCAAGAUUCCCAUGUUGCCGGACUCCAGGUCCUCAAAGAAGGAAAAUGGUUGACCAUCAAGCCCCGUCCAGAUGCCUUCGUCGUCAACAUUGGUGAUCAACUUCAGGCACUUAGUAAUGGCAAGUACAAGAGUGUGUGGCAUAGAGCUAUAGUGAACAGCGACAGAGCAAGAGUGUCGGUGGCAUCGUUCCUCUGCCCAGAAAACGAGGCCGUAAUCAGCGCCCCGGAAUCGCUUACCCAAGACGGGUCUACGGCGGUUUAUCGGAAAUUUACCUAUCAAGAGUAUUACAGCAAGUUCUGGAGCGGGGCCCUGAAGCAGCAGCACGGUUUGGAGCUCUUCAAGAACUAGCUAAUUAAGCUAGCUUCUACGUAUACUACUCGUAUCUUAAUCUUAAUUAAUACUACGUAUAAUAUGCAUGCAUGGAUAUUACGUACUAUAUAUAUGAGAGAAUUCCCUAAAUACGAGUAAAAAAGUUUUGAAAUUCCAAAAUAAGAGUAUCAUAUUUUUUAUUCUUUGAAUAAGAGUAAAUUUCUGUCAAGUUUGACAUUACUAGGCUUUAAAACAUGACAUUAUUUUUCAAACUUGACAGAUUACUCCUAUUCAGGUAAUAAAAAACAUGAUACUCCUAUUUUGGAAUUUCAAAAAGUUUUUGCUCCUAUUUAGAGCAAUUUCUAUAUAUAUGCGUCGUGGGCUUUAUUCUGGUCGUGUACUCUUUAUUUAUUUCAAAAGGUACUGACCUGUCAUAUAUACUUUGUAAUGAUCAAAUUAAACUACACUAAGGAUUGGAGUGCAUAAUAAAUUUGAAGUGUC